AUGUCGAAGCUUUUCAUUGGCGGUCUUUCCUGGAACACAGACGACAACAGUCUGCGCCAGCGCUUCGAGGAAUUCGGCGUUGUCGAGGAUGCUACCGUCGUCAAGGACCGUGAUACCGGCCGCAGCCGCGGUUUCGGUUUCGUCCGCUUCUCCACCGACGAUGAGGCUACUGCUGCUAUGAACGCCAUGAACAACCAAGAGUUUGACGGUCGCCAGAUCCGCGUUGACAAGGCUACUGAGCGCGCUGCCGGUGGUGGUGGUCGCGGCGGCUUCGGCGGCGGUGGUUUCCGUGGCGGCAACGGAGGCAACGGAGGCUACGGUGGUGGCUACGGCGGUGGCCAGGGCGGCUACAGUCAGGGCGGCUACGGUGGUGGUCAGUACGGUGGUCAAGGUGGCCAAGGUGGUCAGGGCGGUUACGGCGGCAAUUACUAG